CAAAAGACCCCCGGCACUGAAGGGAUGGGUCGGUCUUCCAAGGACAAGAGGGACAUUUACUACCGUCUGGCCAAAGAGGAGGGCUGGCGGGCCCGCGGCGCUUUCAAACUGCUGCAGCUGGCUGAGGAGUUUCAACUCUUCCAGGGGGUACAUCGUGCCGUGGAUCUGUGCGCCGCACCGGGCAGUUGGAGCCAAGUCCUGAGCCGUAAACUGAAGGGGCCAGACGCGGCGAACACCAUCGUGGCGGUGGACCUCCAGGCCAUGGCUCCUCUUCCAGGGGUCAUUCAGAUCCAGGGGGAUAUCACUAAGGUAUCCACGGCCCAGGAGAUCAUUCGGCAUUUUGAGGGGCAGCCGGCCGAUCUGGUGGUGUGUGACGGAGCCCCUGACGUGACCGGGCUGCACGACAUCGACGAGUACAUUCAGGCCCAGUUGCUGUUGGCGGCACUGAACAUCACCACCCACGUCUUGAAGCAGGGGGGCACCUUCGUGGCCAAGAUCUUCCGGGGCCGAGACGUCACCCUGCUCUACUCCCAGCUCCGCAUCUUCUUCCCGGACGUCACCUGUGCCAAGCCCCGCAGCAGUCGCAACUCCAGCAUUGAAGCCUUUGUGGUUUGUCGUGGCUUUGUCCCACCUGCCGGCUACGUCCCCAACAUGGCCAACCCCCUCCUGGACCACCGCUACGAUGAGGAGGUAGAAUUCAAGGACGUCGAAAAGAUUUACUGGCCCGUGCAUUGA